AUGAGUGGAGGCUUUGCCUCAACUAAUCCCACAAAAGAGACCAAAGAAAAAAAAGUAGAUAAACGUGGUCUAUUGGGGCUGGGAAUUGCUGGACAUGGUUUCCUUGGUGAUGGAUUGCAUGGUGAAGUUGCCCUUGGUGCUCCUGUCGUAGCUGGUGCACCUCUUGCAGUAGCUGCUGGACCUGGUACAAUUGAGUUGGGUAGGCAUACGCAUACUCAUACUACAAUUACCAGAAACAUAGGUAUUCCUGUUCCCCAUCCCGUUGGUGUACCCGUUGACAGGCCCGUACCAGUUGGAGUUCCAGUUAAAGUACCUAUACCAGUGGAUCGUCCUAUACCAUACGCAGUACCCAGACCCGUACCUGUACCUGUUGAAAAAACCGUUGCCAUCCCAAUUGACCGACCAGUAGGUGUGCCAGUACCUCAUCCAGUUGCAGUGCCAGUCGUUAAACCCGUUGGAGUACCAGUUCCAGCACCUUUUGCGGUUCCAGUUGUAAGCAAAACGAUCAUUGCUGAUCACGGCUUGAGCUUCGGACAUGGAAGCUAUGGACAUGGAAGCUAUGGACAUGCAUACGCUAACGACAAUAAUGUGUGCCCCACGUUUAAAGACUAUUAUACCAUGAAGAAUAACUCGAAUUGUUGGUAUGAUUUAGCUGCAGAAUACAGUGCUCCAGAAAUUAUAAGGCUCAUGGGUUAUCCUGUUUCUGUAUACAAUGUUCAAACUGUCGAUGGUUAUUUACUAACGAUGUUUAGAAUACCGAACUAUAAGAAUGAAAAUUCGAAAACUAAAAAACAUCCAGUUUAUUUACAGCACGGAAUUGUAGCUACUUGUGCUUCUUUUUUGGGAAAUGGAAAAAAUUCCUUGGCAUUCGUACUUGCUGACGCAGGUUACGAUGUGUGGUUGGGAAAUUAUAGAGGAACAGCAUAUUCAGAAGGACAUAUCAAUUUAACAGUCUAUGAUCAGGAGUAUUGGGAUCACAGUAUGGAUGAAAUAGCACUUCUGGAUUUACCAGCAAAUUUCAAUACUAUCUUAGAACACUCUCCACCUGACAGUAAAAUAAUAUAUAUUGGACAUUCCUUAGGAACAUCCUUAUCUCUAAUGUAUAGUGCAGAAUAUCCAGAAAUGUCAAAAAAAGUUAUAAAAAUGAUGAUUCUACUAUGUCCUGCAUAUACUUUAACUCACAUGGUAUCCCCAUACAGGAUACUAGCACCGAUAGGAGAUUUUAUAUUAGAUUCCAUAAAAAGACUUAGAUUGGACAGAAUAGUGUCUCAAGCUGAAGAACAAAAGAGAUUGAUUGUCCCUCCUUGCACAGAAUCCCCGGAAAUGAUGCAGAAUUGUUUGCAAUGGUACAAUUUAUUUUAUGGACGAAACACCGAUUUGGGACCGGAAACUAUUCCAGUUUAUUUCAAUCAACUACCAGGUGGGACUUCAAUAAAAGUUGUCAAUCACGCUGCCAAUCUUGUAUUGGGUUAUUUUAGAAAAUAUAAUUACAAAAAAUUCAAUAACAAAUUGUAUGGUCGGGAUCAUCCGCCUGAAUAUGACAUUAAAAAAAUCAAAGUUCCUGUAUAUCUAGUUUAUACCACACAAGACUGGGCAACUCCUGAAGCUGACGCUCUCAAUUUAUGGAGAAACUUGCCAGAGGAAAGUCGAUACGGAAAGUUGAAAAUAGAUAGAAAAGCAUUUAACCAUAUUGAUAUGGUAUACGGGAGACAUGCAAGGCAAUGGGUGUAUGAUCCUUUAAUACAAAUUUUGAAUAAAUACAUUAAGUCAUAG